ACCAGCUAGAAGCCUCACCGACUCACCGACCAGACCACUUCACUCCACACCCAAAUGGCGAUGACUCAAGAAGAAGAGCUGGCUACGAAGGUAACCUUCUACGCGCUCGCCGUGGCCGUUCUCCUCGCCUUUGUCGCGGACCGGGCCUGCGCCGACGGCUGGGGCUGUGCCGUGGCCAACGUCAUGUCGCUGAUACCUGGCUAUCUAGCCAUACUCGUCCCGCUUCUCUUGCCACUGGCGAUCAUGCUCUUCUUCUUCCUCCGCGGCGCCGGCAGCAGCAGCAAGGCUGCGGACGCAGAGGAUGUGGAGGAGCGACCUUCCGGCGAUGAUGAGUUUUCCUUGUGUCUUCAGUUUCUUCUGCUUCUGGCGACGUUGACGGGAACCAUCUGUUUCGCUUUAUACAAGUAUGGAUAUCCAGAGUUGUUCGAUCUUGUCGGCCGCGUGGCUCUCUUCUUCAUUUUCGUGGGUGAAGCCCUCGUCUACGUCCGUGCUGCACUGUCGCUGUGGAGGACGAACCCCAAGCCCAGCAACAUGGUGGCUGCAGAGUAACGGAGCAUCGCCCACUUACUCAGGUGCACAGCAUCUCGAGCUGAGCAUAGCAACAUGAUGGAGAGUACUACGCAGUACUGUACCUGCUGCAGGGGCGCCUCUGCUUCCUUCUAGCUUUGUUGCUGUUCUAAAUAAAGAGACGGACAUGCAUGUCGUGUGAUGUGUACUACCUAGUAAUCUAUUCAGUGUAACCAUUAGUAUCUGCGGUAAUAUGGUAGUUUGCCUGGUCACUCGGUACCGAACCUAUCGACCUAACGAAGCAUGGAUGUGUUGCUGUCGUUUACCUGUACGCUCUGAUGAAGAGCUUCCAUUCUACGCUAUAGUAUGUGAUAUACCAUAGCA